CAUUCACAUAUCUAAUGGGAAAGAGGUUCCAGCUGCUGUUCCAUGAGGCAAAGGGAAGGGAGAGAGUGUGGUGCAGCUCAGAGGUACAUAGAGAGCUAUAGCUGCUGGAGGAAGAGUAACUGGAAGGAGUAAAAUGGGACCAGCUGCCACCUUCUACACAUUCCUGUGUUUAUGCUUUCUGGCUGUGUGUGUUCCUAUAGGGAUGGUCGAUGCUGCGCCAACACAGGCGUCUUUGCUGGAGAUGAAGCGGGCCAGAGGUGAUGUUCCUGAUAUUCUUCCAGAACCAGAACCGGAGCCAACCAGCCAACCAGAGCCAACCAGUCAGGUGUCAGACUUUGAAAAGUCCUACAACUAUGUCUUAUCCAGACUGACUGGUAUAGACCAGGCCAUCCACAAGCUGAACGUUGGUCAUUACACCCUGGAUGUUAAAGUCAGCCAGCUAAUCGACCGGAUCUCCAGGCUGGAUGCUAAAGUUGGAGAUUUGGAGGACAGCAUCCAGGAGGUCUACCAGCACAGCAAAGACAAUCGUAAGGAGAUUGGAAGACUGGAAGGCUGCCAGAAAGGACAAAAAUUGGGCUACAAAUGUUACCUAGUGUACAACAGUUUAGCUGACUAUGCCGGAGCAUCCAGGAAGUGCCUGGAACGUGGAGGACGUUUGGCGAUGCCCCGUGAUCGCAAGGAGCAGGAGGCCCUGGCGGACUACAUCAAGGACUUUUUCAAACCGGGAAACUGGCCCGUCUGGUUGGGCAUCAACGACCUGCACUCUGAGGGUCUCUACCUCUUCGACGACGGCACACGGGUCUCGUACUUCCAGUGGCGUAAACACUUCCUGUCCAGUCAGCCGGACGGAGGAAAACGAGAAAACUGUGUUGCCAUGUCGUCAGACGAUGGGGACUGGUGGGACCAAUACUGUGACCGAACCAUGAACUAUGUGUGCGAGUUUGACGACAGGGUGGCACUUUGAGUGAAAAAAAUUUUGUUUUUACUGAUAAUGCCAGAACUUCAAACCCGAAUGUGUCGCGAAAUAUGCUUGAAAGACAGGACUGUGCAAACAGACCCUCUAGUUAAAAUGAACUCUACCGACUGAGUCAAGAGGAGACCAUAUGCAUCAUUUUGUAUGAAU